AUGACGACCCCGCAGGCCCAAAUCGCCGCUCAUUUACAAACCACCAAAUCCCUCUCCGUCUCCGCGACCUGGCUCAACAGCUUCGUCUCCUCUGCAGCUCUCCAACGCAACAUUCCCCUCUCCGCGUUAACCCAAACCGCACUCUUCCGCAUCCUAGCCUCCGACUUCCGCGACUCUCUCGCAACAGGAAACCCUUCCUCCCUCUUCCCCGUCGACAUCUUCGACCCCACUGUGCAAGAGUGUCGGCUCCAAGGUCCCAUCCCGGUCCAAGUGCUCGACAUCGAAGACAUCGGCACGAGUCUCUGGAGUCAAGUGGAAGCCAUUGAGCGUGUUGAGCGCGGCGAAGCGAUACGGGGACGGGAGAUUGUGCGGACGGAGGAUGGUGCAUCUGGCGCGAAUGACACGGGGAAUGCGAGUAAUGGUCCGCAUCGGUUGAUUUUGCAGGAUGCGGCGGGGACGAGAGCUGUGGGUAUUGAGUUGGCGCGUGUCGAUGGGGUUGCUUUGAAUAAGCUUCCGAUCGGGGCGAAGAUGGUGUUGCGGAAUGCGACGGUGGGGAGGGGGAUGAUUCUAUUGACGCCUGAAUGUACGACGGUGCUUGGUGGGAAGAUUGAGGGGAUGGAUCAGGCUUGGAAGGAGGGGAGGAAGGACAGGUUGUUGGCGAGGAUUGCUGGGACUGGAGAGGGGCAGACGUAG